AUGGGCAGCUCCUGCCAAGCCCUCCGCCAGCGCCUCUUCGAGUGCAUCCAGAAGUCCGAGUGCUUUGCCAACAACGGGGGACAGGGCAAGAAGUGCCUUGACCGCGAUGCCGAAGGGGUCCCGGAGAACUGCCGGACUCUGCAGAAUGCCUAUGCCAACUGCCGGAGAGAGAUGAUUGACAUGCGAUCGCGCUUCCGUGGCCCGAGUGCGUGA